GAAUUAAUUUCUCAGGUCUACUAGUAAAGAAAUCUUUAUAAAAACAUAGCUAUCUUUAAUGCACGCAAAGAUAUGUCAUAUCUGUUGAUCGAAGUUGUUCAUGUUGUUUUGAUUUAUUUGAAACAAUUGAGUUUAUUCUUUGUUAAAUGAAACAUAAUUUUCGUUCAAUAACUUUAGGAUACGGAGAAAAAAACAAAUAAAAACUUUAUUAUUAUUUUGUUUAGACACGGAAAGUAUUAAGUGUACGUGGAAAGAAUCCAAUUGAUGAACAUUCAUUAAAUUAUGAUGAAUAUAAUCCAUUUAAUAUUUGUGCAGCAUCCAAUGUACCACAUUUAUCGUGA